AUGUCUUGCCGUUCCUAUCGUGUCCAGAAUUUUAGCUCUUCUUCUGCUGUCUUACCAAGGAACAUGAGGCCAUACAGCGUCUCGUGCCAGGGAGCCGGUGGUGUAGGCUACAGAGGACUAAGCUACUUUGGCAGCCGAAGCCUCAGUGGGGCAGCACCCUACAAACCCAGAAUUGCUGUUGGUAGAUGUCCACCUCUGAGAUAUGGAUAUGAGUAUGUUCUGGGACAUGGCUAUGGCAAUGCUGGCUUCAGCUACAGAGUUGGUGGAGUCUCUGGGCCUUGUCCACCAAUUGCACCGGUCACUGUGAACGAGCAGCUGCUCCAACCUGUUAAGCUGGAGAUUGACCCAACCAUGCAAACAGUGAAAUUCCAGGAGAAGGAGCAGAUCAAAACCCUCAACAACAAGUUUGCUUCUUUCAUUGACAAGGUCCGAUUCCUGGAGCAACAAAACAAAGUACUGGAGACCAAAUGGAGCUUCCUGCAGAAUCAGCAAUGUCGCAGAAACACCAUUAUGCCCACGUUAGAUGCUUAUAUCUGUAAUCUGAGAAAGCAGCUGGAGGCUCUGGGUUGCGAGGGAGCCCAGCUAGAGGCAGAUCUAAAAGCAGCACACGAGGUCAUGGAGACCAACAAAAAAAUGUACGAAGAGGAAUGCAGUCGACGAACGUGUGCUGAGAAUGAGUUUGUUGUUCUUAAGAAGGAGGUGGACUGUGUCUUCUUGAACAAGGCAGAACUGGAGGCCAGGGUGGAGAGUCUAAAAGAUGAAAUCAUCUUCCUGAAAUCUCUCUAUGAGGAGGAAAUCCACAUGCUUCACUCCCAUAUCUCAGACACGUCCGUCAUUGUGCAAAUGGACAACAGCCGGAACCUGGAUUUGGACGGCAUUAUCACGGAGGUCAAAGCUCAGUAUGAGGAUAUCGCCAGCAGGAGCCGAGCUGAGGCAGAGGCUUGGUAUGAAAGCAAGUUUGAAGAGCUGCGAGUGACCGCUGGCAGGCACGCUGAUAAUCUGCGUGACACCAAGAACGAAAUAGCAGAGCUGACCCGCAUCAUUCAGAGACUGAGAGGAGAAGUUGGAACUGCAAAGGACCAGCGCUGCAAACUGGAAGCAGCUGUGGCCGAGGCGGAGCAGCAAGGGGAGCUGGCUAUUAAAGAUGCCAGGUGCAAACUGACUGACCUGGAGACUGCCCUACAGCAGGCCAAGGCUGACCUGGCCCACCAACUGCGGGAGUACCAGGAGCUGAUGAACGUCAAGCUGGCGCUGGACAUCGAGAUCGCCACCUACCGGAAGUUGCUGGAGGGAGAAGAAUACAGGCUGGGUGCUGAAGGAGCCUGUCCUGUCAACAUCUCUGUGUGCAGAUCCCAGGGUGGGCUCAUCUGUGACCCUGACCCCUGCAUCGGUGGUGGUUAUUCAGCAACCAGAAGCUCGAUGAGAAUCAGUGGUGUUAGCUGCGGCCGAGGCAUAUACAGCACUGCGAUGGGACCAACUGUGGGAGACAUGUCUUCCCCCUGUGAUCCUGAAGAUCUGAUGCUCUUCAACAUCUACCACAUGAGGCCUAUUGUCAACUCAGUAAAUCACUUGCUCUAA